AUGGCUGACGCUGCGUUCAAGCCGGAGAAGGACUACAGCAAGGAGGCUGACAAACAGAUUCCAGAGGCUGAGUCGUUGGCAAAGACCGACAUCCAAGCUGCUAUUGAAAAGCUCACCGUGCUUGAGAAGCAGACCCGACAGGCAUCAGAUCUCGCAUCAACCUCACGGAUACUCAUCGCGAUCGUCACAAUAAGCAAGAACUCGGGCGACUGGAGCUUGCUGAAUGACCAAGUUCUUGUCUUGUCCAAGAAGCAUGGCCAACUCAAGCAAGCCAUCACCAAGAUGGUGCAGGUCGUCAUGGGCUUCCUGGAUGACACUCCCAACCUAGAUACCAAGCUCUCCGUCAUAGAGACGCUGCGAACCGUGACUGAGGGAAAGAUUUUUGUCGAGGUCGAGCGAGCCCGUGUGACAAAGAUUCUCUCCGACAUCAAGAAGGAACAAGGCGACCUAAAGGCGGCCACCGAUAUCCUCACAGAGCUCCAGGUUGAGACCUUUGGGUCUAUGGAUCGAAGGGAGAAGACCGAGUUCAUUCUAGCGCAGGUCGCUCUUUGCAUCGAAAUCGGAGACUGGACACAAGCCGGUAUCCUAAGCCGAAAGAUCAGCACAAGAUAUCUCGCCCGCAAACCGAAGAAGACUGCUGAGCAGCUGGAGAAGGAGAAGAAGGAGCGCGAGAAGAAGAAAGAGAGAGGUGAAGAUGUCCCAGAGGAAAAGGAAGAUGACACCACGGAUCUUAAGCUCCGGUACUAUGAGCAGCAGAUCAUUCUCGCGAAGCACGAUGACAAGUAUCUCGAUGUUUGCAAGCACUACAGACAAGUCCUGGACACGGAGGCGGUUGAGGAAGACUCGGCCAAGCUCCACCCAGUUCUACAACGAAUCAUCUACUUCGUUAUUCUUGCUCCCUAUGAUAACGAGCAGCAUGACCUCCUCCACCGAAUCUACCGUGACACCCGAAAUUCUCAAGUUCCGCAGGAUGCCGAGCUCCUCAAAUUGUUCACUGUCCAGGAGCUCAUGCGUUGGCCCGAGGUGGCUAAAAUCUUUGGUCCUCAUCUCUGUGGCACUGACGUCUUCGACGCGCAAGAAGGUCAGUCUGGCGACGAGAAAGCAUUCCAGCGGUGGCAGGACCUGCGGAAGAGAGUUAUCGAACAUAAUGUCCGGGUGGUGGCGAAGUACUACACGCGCAUUCAAAUGGGCCGACUGACGCAGCUCCUCGACCUUACCGAGGAUGAGACGGAGAAGUACAUCAGCGAUCUGGUGACGUCCAAGACCGUGUACGCAAAGAUUGACCGACCAGCUCGGAUUGUCAGCUUCGCAAAGCCCCGGGAUGCGGAUGACAUUCUGAAUGAGUGGAGCUCGAACAUGAAGAGCCUGCUUGGCUUGCUCGAGAGAAUCGACCAUUUGAUUACCAAGGAGGAGAUGAUGGCCAGAAUUCAACCUACUGCUGGCGGCGGCAAGACUGGGAAGGGUAAGGCAGUAAAGGCGAAAUAG